AAAAAAAAAAAAACGUAAGAAGAGGGUCUGAAACUUUCUGAAAGAGAACAAAGCUUUUGAAUUUGUCUGUUUGUUUCACUAAGAAUCAAGAGUUUAGUUCACUGACUAAAAGUUGGGAGCAAGAGUUCUCAAAAAGAUUAAUUAUUUUGUGUGUCAAGAUUACACUUGGAGAUUUAUUAUCAUUUCUUGAGCAAUGGAUCAUCAAGUUGUAGACAGGAGGGCUUGUUGCUAUUCUCACCGCAAUAUCUAAAAGAUGGUCGUUUAUUUCUCAAAUUGGUGCUUCACUUAAGUGCUUGUUUCAAGGCUCAUAUCUGGUUAUCACCCUUGAAAUAUCUGUGAUAGAUAAUAAGCCUUGUAAUUAGUUUUACUAUUCUUAGCUUAAGAGUUAGUUAAGCAUAGAGUUAGUUACCAUUUUUUCUGUUAUACUUGCUCUCCUUUUCUGUUAGCUUCACUUCAAGUUUUCUUAGUCUAUAUAAGUGAAAAUUGUACUCAAGCUUCAGUUAAUAUAUAUUCACUCUUUUCAUUCGCUUUGAUACUCUGAGUUUCUGCUUUUCAUAUGGUAUCACAGCUCCAAAUUGGAACUCUAUUGCGCACUCACCAUUCAAAUUUCCUCUUAUCAAAGCUAAUUUCGGUUUGUUCUUGUGGAAAUUCUUCAUUCACUUGAUCAAUUCUUGCUUCGAUUCAUCAUUUUCUGUUCAACAUUGGAGAUAAUUCUUCAUGUUGUUACUUGAUCUUCUAUGGAGAAUGCAAUCAUGCACCAUUCUAUCUUCAAAUCAAUAAAAAUCCUGGAGCAAUUCUAGUCUAGGUUCCUCUUACUUGUGCCAAUUACCACUCUUGGUCAAGUGCGACGACCAUGGCUUUGAAGACAAAAAACAAGCUUCAGUUCAUUGAUGGCACCUUACCACGGCCAGAACCUAGAUGUUCCAUUGGUUGCAUUGUGGGACAGAUGCAAUACCUUAGUUCUUUCCGGGAUCAAUCAGACCUUACAUCCAUCAAUUGCAUGCUCAUAGUGUAUUGUGGAAUGAAAAUGAUUGAAGAGGCGUGGAAGGAUUUGAAGGAUCGUUAUUACCAAGGUGAAAUUUUUUGAAUUUAUGAGCUUAAAGAAGAGACUUAUAUGCUCAUGUAAGGUGAGAAACCUUUUACUGCCCACUUUACUCAGUCAAAAAGUUUAUGGCAAGAAAGAUAAGAUUACAAACCUUUGCGGAUUUAUUCUUGUGAGGUAAAAUGCACAUGUGAUGUGAUUCCUACUAUCAAGCUUUAGUUUAUUCUCAUAGAAGUAGGAUUGAGAAUCCAGGCAGAGUUGAGAAUGCUGGAAACUUGUCUUUUACACCUGAUCAACAGAAGGCAUGCCUUAUUGAGCUAGGGACAAGGAUCACAUAUGGCACAUCAGAUCACAACAGAACCUCAAGUGAGACAGGUAUGGCUUGCACUGUUUUUUUUAAUUCAAAAUAUUAAUCCUGGAUUUUUGAUAUAGGGGCUACAGAUCAUAUAUGUCAUUCUUUUAAAUGCUUUCAGUAAGUGGAAACAAUAAAACCAAUUAGGAUCAAAUUGCCAAUAGCAAAUAUGUCAUCACACAUAUUGCUGGCACUAUAAUGACUUGUGGCAUGCAAGUCCUGGACAUCCAUCUCAUGACGAGAUGCAAAUCAUGAAGACGAUGUUUUCUUUUAUUGAUUGUAUACACAAAUCAAUGAUCCUUGCAAUAGCCAUUUGGGAAAACAGAAGAAGUCUUUUCCUUUAAGUGACACAGAGUCUGAAAUUCUCUUUUCCUUUAAGUUUCUACACAAGAAGUCUGAUAUAUGGGGACCAGUUUCGAUUCCAACUAUUUUAAGUCAUAGGUCUUUUCUUACUGUUGUAGAAGACAAGUCCAGAUUUACUUGCCUUUACUUCAUGAAAAAUAAAACAAUAGUUGCCUCUAAUAUCAGGUCUUUUGUCUCUUUUAUUCAUACACAGUUUAACCGAAAGGUGAAAUGUAUAAGAUCUGAUAAUGGUCUAGAGUUUCUUUUGAAGGAUUUUUACAGUGAUAAAGGAAUCAUCCACCAGACUUCUUGUGUAGAAACUCCCCAAUAAAAUGGAGUGGUGAAAAGGAAAUAUCAACACAUAUUAGCUAUUACUAGAGCAUUGCUAUUUCAGUCCUUCAUUCUAGAGUCAUUUUGGUCGUUUGCAGCCAGUCAUGACGUUGACCUGAUCAACAGGCAACCUAGUUUUGUUUUUUCUCAAGGUUUUAUAUGGGACAGUUCCUAUCAUACAAGAUCUGAAGGUAUUUGAAUGUUUGGCUUAUGCCACUCCUUUGGUUGCUCACAGACAAAAGCUAGGCCCUAGAGCAAGACAGCGUGUUUUCUUGGGAUAUAAGCCAAGAAACAAAGGUUAUGUUUUGUUUGAUAAAAUCUCAAAAGCUAUCUGCACUUCCAGACAUGUCUUCUCAUAUGAACAUAAGUUUCCUUCCAAGCCUCCACAACCAGAAUCCACUGACAUUUCUGCUACACUCAAUUCCUUUCCUUUACCUAUCCUUUCUUUACAUGGUGAAGGUCUUUUUCCCAUUGAGCCACCUAUUCAACCCACAACUAAUAAUGAUGCCUCCUUAGAUUCAUCCAUUCCCAUACCACCUGCACACAUCACACCUAGAAUAUCACAAAGAAUAAGGAAACCACCUCCUUAUCUUAGUGCUUAGCAUCAUUCUCUUUAAACAUCUACACACCUAUCACCUUAUACGACUCCUAUUCAUUCCAUUAUUGAUCAGGUAACCUAUGACCACUUAUCCAAAUCUCACUAAAAAAAUUCUCUUACCAUUUCCAAAGACUUGUGCUGAAGCAAUAUCACCUCCACAUUGUCAGCAGGAUAUAGAUUCAGAGUUGAGAGCAUUAGAAGCCAACAAAACCUGGAUUUUAACAACACUACCCCCUGGAAAACAAGCUAUAGGUUGCAAGUGGGUUAUUAAGGUUAAAAAUCAUAUUGAUAGCUCCAUUGAAAAGCACAAAGCCUGGUCGGGUAGCCAAAGGGUCUACUCAAACUGAAGGACUAGUUUACCUAGAAACCUUAAGUCCAGUGGAGAAGAUUACUCCAACCAGAGUUUUGCUGGCUCUUGCAUCUGCGAAAGGUUGGUUUCUGGAACAAUUAUAUGUCAAUACUACCUUCUUUCAUGUUGAUCUACCAUAGGAAGUAUACAUGAGGCCUCCCCCAGGCUUGGCAAACUCCUCCAGUCAGAGGUCAGCAAGUUGGCCAAAUCACUAUAUGGCUUGAAGCAAUAUUCCAGCAGACAAUGGAAUGCUAAGCUAACUAGUGUCCUACUUGAUUCAGGUUACAAGCAAUCUAUUGCAGAUUUUUCAUUGUUUACUAAGAGUUUCUCUUGUUGAUCCAAUGGAUUCGAAUGCCAAAUUUCAGAAAACUCAGGCUGAUUGAUGCUCUUGUUGAUCCAACUGUGUAUAGAAAGCUACUAGGUCGAUUUAUUUACACAACACAUACAGUAAAAAUCAGUUACUAAACACACAAAAAUCAAUGGUGAGGUGAUGAAACUCAAGAGACAUCAUGGUCACUUUUUUUUUUUUACAAUUGAGACAAUCUUUAUCAACCCACCUACAUAAAAUACAAAGAAGAUAAGGUUGCAUUUGAAUUUAGAUUUAGAAAGCUAAGCUUCUAGUACUUUGCAAUGGAUGUCGCCGAAGCCGGUAAAUCUCUCGCAGGAAGUUCCACAACCGACGACCGUUUGCCGGAACUCAAGUCCUUCGAUGACUCCAAAGCAGGUGUCAAAGGUCUUGUUGACUCCGGCAUCACCAGACUCCCGCGAAUUUUCAUCAUGCCGCCAGAGGACCUCACCGCCGCCGGCGAGCCACCGCAGAUCCAGUUCAGGAUCCCCGUGAUCGACCUCGAAGGCGUCGCUCGACAACGCGCUGACGUUAUUGCCGGAGUCCGGGAUGCGGCGGAAACGGUAGGGUUUUUCCAGGUGGUGAAUCAUGGAAUACCCGUGAAACUGUUGGAGGAGAUGGUUGCGGCGGCGCGUGAGUUCCACGAGCUGCCACAAGAGUUGAAGGCUGAGUAUUACACUAGGGAGCUGAUGAAGAAGGUGAAGUAUGUGAGCAACUUUGAUUUGUAUCAAUCAAAACAUGCUAACUGGAGGGAUACACUGUUCUGUGUGAUGGGUCCUGAACCUCUUGAUCCUCAAGAAUUGCCUCCUGUAUGCAGGGAUGUAACAGUGGAAUACUCUAGGGAAGUUCAGGCAUUGGGGAAGCUUUUAUUUGAAUUAUUGUCAGAAGCACUAGCACUCAAGCCUGAGCAUCUUGAAAGGAUGGAUUGUGCAAAAGGCCACACAAUUCUUAGUCACUAUUAUCCAGCAUGUCCUGAACCUGAACUGACUAUGGGCACUACCAGACAUUGUGAUCCUGAUUUCCUUACAAUUCUGCUUCAAGAUCACAUUGGUGGGCUCCAAGUUUUGAGCUAUGGGCAGUGGGUUGAUGUUCCUCCUGUUCCUGGAGCUCUAGUAGUGAACAUUGGAGAUCUACUACAACUAAUAUCCAAUGACAGAUUCUUAAGCGUGGAGCACCGUGUUCUUGCAAACCAUAGAGGGCCUAGAGUAUCAGUGGCAUGCUUUUUCACUCUCCAUCUGUAUCCAACAACAAGAAUGUAUGGCCCCAUCAAGGAAUUAUGGUCAGAAGAGAACCCCCCAGUUUAUAGGGAAACAUUGCUGAAAGAUUUCAUUGCUUACUAUGAUAACAAAGGACUCGAUGGGAAAUCAGCUCUUGCUCAUUUUCGGUUACAGCAGUGAAUAUUGAACUGUAAGAUAUUUUAUUACCAGUUCUUAGUUUAUCAUAAAUCGUAAUUAUCCUGCAAACUCUGUAUACAGGGGUGUUCAUGGUAAUAACUAAACCAUAUCCAUUUCAUAACCA